UUAAUGCGAAAGUGAAACGGCCGGUAAAACCGAGAGAGAGAGAGAGAGAGAGGGCUCGGCUCUGGUGCCAUGUGGAAACGUCCGCCUGCACGGAUCUGCCCGUGAGCACCGACGGGGCAAAGAAAGGGAAUUGGAGAAAACGGUAAAAGGAGAUAUAACGUUCAACUAAUCACGGAGAGAACGUCUGGUGAGAAGCGGAGAGCAGAGGGCAUCGGCUAGCGAAGAAUGGCAGCACCUAACCUACUGGAUCCAAAAUCCGCCACUCACAACAGCAAGCCCUGCCUUUCCUUCUCCGCCAAGUCAAUCACGCUGAGCCCUAGAGAGGAGUGUCAGGCCAUCGCCACGGUGAUGAAGUGGAAGACGGUGUUGGCCAUUUUCCUCCUGGUGGUUCUCUACCUGGUGGUGGGAGCUGCCGUGUUCAGGGCCCUGGAACAACCCCACGAGAGUGCUCAGCGCCUGGCCAUCCUGAAUCAGAAACUAGAGUUCCUCUCCACACACACCUGUGUCAACCACAGCCAUCUGGAGGAAUUGGUCAAGCAAGUGGUGUCAGCGAUCCGUUCAGGGGUGAACCCAGCAGGGACUCUGACCAAUCACAGCAGUCUCUGGGACCUAAGCUCCUCCUUCUUCUUCGCGGGGACCGUCAUCACUACUAUCGGUUUUGGGAACAUCUCCCCCCAUACGGAGGGAGGGCGUAUAUUCUGUAUAAUUUAUGCCCUGCUGGGGAUCCCUCUGUUUGGCUUCCUACUGGCUGGAGUAGGAGACCAAUUGGGAACCAUCUUUGGGAAGGCCACCGCCAGGGUCGAGAAGAUGUUCGUGCAGUGGGAUGUUAGUCAGACUAAGAUCCGUGUCAUCUCCACCGUUCUCUUCAUCCUGUUCGGCUGUCUGCUCUUCGUGGCGCUGCCGGCGGCCAUCUUUAAACACAUUGAGGGCUGGAGUGCUCUGGAGUCCCUUUACUUUGUUGUUAUCACCUUGACAACCAUUGGUUUUGGGGACUUUGUCGCAGGUGGUUCAGAGAUUGAGUAUCUGGACUACUACAAGCCUGUGGUGUGGUUCUGGAUCCUGGUGGGGCUGGCGUACUUCGCUGCUGUUCUCAGCAUGAUAGGAGACUGGCUCAGAGUCAUCUCUAAGAAGACCAAAGAGGAGGUAGGGGAGAUCAGGGCUCAUGCAGCAGAGUGGACGGCUAAUGUCUCGGCAGAGUUCAAGGAGACCAGACGUCGCCUCAGUGUCGAGGUCUAUGACAAGUUCCAGCGGGCUGCAUCAAUCAAACGCAAACUGUCGACCGAUCUGGGCUUAAACUCCACCCCCGAGCUUACCCCACCCAAGAGGAUACUGCCCGUCAACUUCACAGAUGAACGGGAGAGGGAGCCGAUGUUCCCGUAUAUGACCAAAAAUGGAAGUAUUUUUCAGAAUGGACUAGGGGGAGAGCCUAGGAGAGGUGACGUGGCUAUUAUAGAAUACCUCAAGUAGAGUUCACAAACGUUCACCUCUGACCCCUGACCCAGCUUCAGCACAAGCCACACCCACCUGGUUACAACAAGAAAUGGCAGCCAUCUUUCAGCACAGGGUGUAUGACAUCAUUAAUCAACAGCUGCCCCGAUGACAGACCAUAUGACUAUAUGACUAUGAUUAUGAAGCGGUUUGAUUAUUAACUACAACAGAAUCACAACAUGAAUUAUGAACUAGGAACAUAUCUUUAUGGAUCUGAAUGGAAGAGUUACAUUCGGGGAGUACAUGUAAGGUCAGGGCAAAUCUGAAUUGACAUCCUAAUCCUAGUGCACUACCUUUGGCCACAACCUCACUGGGUUCUGGUCAAAAGAAUAGGGUGUCAUUUCAGACAUAUGUAUCCUAUUUAUUAUGUUGCCAAUGUAUGAGGAAUAUUAAUGAGGAUGUCUAUAUGCCUUUAAUCAGAGAAUGUGUGGGUGUGCAUAUGUGUGAAUGGGUUCUAUGGGGUUCUAAGAGUGAACCUUUCCCCUGACUGUUAAUCAGAACCGGACCUCUUAGCUUUCUUUCUACUGAAGGAAUCACAGCAGUGUCUUAGUCCUUUUCUACCAACAGACUGUACAUGCAUGUGAAUUAACAGUGUUUUCUCUUUCUCUUUUAUCACUCUCUCUCUUGUCGUUUUAAACAGCGAGACAGUUUGUCAUUUAGAGUACGUGACUGUAGUCCUCUGGGCUGCUCUAGGGAUGCUGGGAGUGUGGAGCAGCAAAUGGAGGCUCCACUAUGACUGUUUCAGGGCAGACAUUUUAAGGCCAGACACCACAGACUGAAAUGGCAGUUUUGCAGCUACCUAUACAUUUUUAGAUUAGUUGGUAUUUUGGUCAAUUAAUAUUAGUAUUUUCAAAAAGUAAACAUACAAAUGUCAAAAUCUUUAUGAAAAUUGAUAUUUUCUUUAGUUUAUCAUACUACAGUCAAAAAUGUCAUGGAUUUUAACCACUUUAAAAUGGACAUACAUCCAUCAUUUCAAAGCUCACUACAUUGAAUUACACAUCAUUUAAAAGCCCAUUUCAUAAAGAAUGUAACAAACUUUACCAUAUGUAGUAACUUACUUUGAAGAGAUGGUGAUUGGGUCCUAAUAGGUGUUUUGCGUUUGUUAGUCUAAAUUCAGUGUAUUUUUCUUUAACGGCCAUUUUCAGAAAGUCAGACUCUUUCCACACCCCAACUAAUUUUCCUCAUCUUCAGAAGCAUCUACGUUCACCAAAUUGUGUAUGGUUUAUCCAUGGACAUAUUCUCAGAUAUCUAUACAGGGGCAUGGGUGGGCCUGGGAGGGCACAUCCAAAUAUCUGCAGACCCACCCACCAACAAAAUUUCUGUACAAUGUUACGUACUUUAGCAUUUUACACAUAGAAAGAUGUAAAAAAAAAAAAAAAAA